UGUUAUUUUACGUUUCCAACACACAAUGAAAAUUAAACAGUCAAGUAGGCUGCAAGUGGGAAUGCCGAGAUUUUGGGCCAAAGUAUGCCCUAACAUUUGUGUCCUGUCAGAAGGCUGUGCAUACAGCUAAAGUUAGUUUUACCGAACGGCCCGAGCUGUGAGCAGCACAAAUAUUUUUGUGAAUCGCCAAGAACAAAAUUCUUUUAAAAUCUACCAAUUUUCUAUAAAAAGUUAAGCGCACAAAUAUAAAUUUGAGUCGUAUUUCGUGCAUUUGGCCUUCUCGGACCUAAACUCAACAUUUUCGGUGACGUUUCAGAGGGUUUUUUUCUUGUUGAACCUCGACAAUGAUUUCGCCAGAUCAUGAGGAGGUAAACCUGGUGCUGGAUCACCAGGUGCGCAGGAACAUACAGAACAUGUACCAGGCGAACAUGAUGGAUGGCCGAGGGGUGGCUGGUCGCGAACGCUUCGUGUCCGACUCGAGCAUGGACAAUGAUUCGAUGCCGCAUGACCAGGAGUCGAUGAAUGCAUUGGAAACCCUGUCUGCCGAUGGCAUCGUGGAGGAGGAUCACGAUCACACCUCGGACCAGAUGGCGUCUGACAACAGAGAGCUGCAGAACUACCACGAGAUGCUGGUGGACACCGACGACCACCACAUCGACAUCAACGGGUCGCUGCGCAAGCGCCGCGGCAACCUGCCGAAGCACUCGGUGAAGAUUCUGAAGCGCUGGCUCUACGAGCACCGCUACAAUGCCUAUCCCAGCGAUGCCGAGAAGUUCACGCUGGCCCAGGAGGCAAACCUGACGGUGCUGCAGGUCUGCAACUGGUUCAUUAAUGCGCGCCGGCGCAUCCUGCCCGAGAUGAUACGCCGCGAGGGCAACGACCCGCUGCACUUCACCAUUUCGCGGCGCGGCAAGAAGGUCAGCCCCAGCUCGUCCGGCAGCAUGGGCAUGCACCUACCGGGCGCCACCCAGACCUCUGAGGCGGGCAGUCCUUCCUCCGAAGUGUUUGUGGGCGCCACCGAGGAAGUGGACGGUGCGGUCGAGGCGCACCAGGGAAUCGCCAAUGUGCUGACCAACUUCGACCAGUACGUGCGGACGCCGAACGGCCAGGUGGUCAAAAUGGAGCCGGAAUUCGACGAGAGCGUCAUCUACAGUUGGCAGCAGGCCGUUGCAAACAAUCCCAUGGGCUUCCAGAGUCUCCACUCCUCGCUGCAGGCAACCAUUAUAGAUAAGAUCCAGGCCUUUCAGAUGCGCAAGGCUGCCGCGCUGGCCGCCAGCUCAAGCAACGUGUCCACCAGUCCCACCGGUGCCAUAAAGCCAUUCACCAGCACCUUUCGGCAGAUGCCGCCAGAGUUUGAGGAGGAGAAAAAGCCAGGUCCGAUUAGGCGCGGGCGUAAGCGAACGUCGACGGUGGCUAACAGAAUGCCCCAGUCCGAGCAGGAAGAAGGCCAAGACAUUGAUCAGAAACCAAAGGAUGUUAAACCCGUGAAGGCGGCCAAGAGAGGCAAAAAGAUGGCCCCUAGAUCCGAGGGCGAGGAGAGCGCUCAGGGGUACGAGUCGUGCGAGCAGAACAGCGAGGGUGAAGUCCGCUUCGAGACCUCCGACGACUGGCAGUCCGUGAUGAAAACCGUUUUCACCACGGAGGAGGUCGCCACCAGCAGCGGCGCCAUUAAAUCAACUACGGCCAAUACUCCAGAGGCUGCCAACUGCAACCCCGUGACCGUACACCCGACCACUAAGCGUGAGCCCAAGCCAAAGGUGGUGGUCACCAGGAACGAACUACAUCCACUCGGGGCCGAGGCCACAGUGGUGACAAACAGCUCCAAUCAAAUGGAGAGGUCCUCGGACGAGAUGUACACCAGCAACGAGGGCGACAACAGUCAGAGCCAGUCCACACCGCCACCACAGAAUCUAAGUCGAGAGAAGCGUGACAAGUACAAGUGUCUCUACUAUCUGGUGGAGACUGCCAUGGCAGUGCGUCACAACGAUCCCGGCCAGGAGGAGGGCUUUGCCUAUCUGCGCAAUUAGAGCCCCACCACACCACGCACACAACACCACAACUUAGCCCGAAGAGUGUGCUGUACAUACACGUUACGUUAUAUUAUUUUGUUAGUAUUCUUAUUUAAUGCAGUUCCUGCAACCAAAUUGGCGAAGCUAAUGUCUGGAGCACAUCUCCAGAGCUACGGAAAAGGAAUAGGAUACACACACAAAUGGUACAAAUCAUUAGAUCAAUUUUAACUAGCAUCGCAUCGCAAAUUGCGGAUGUCAAUUAAAAAAUGGAAAGAUUAGAACUAAUUAUUUGCAAUAUAAUAUGAAUUUCUGUUUAACAUUAGAAUUAUGUUUAUGUUAGUUAUUAAUAAUUUCCAAAUAAAACGAAAACCACCAGCCGACUCCAUUG